AUGGCGGAGGCGGCGGCGCUGGAGGGGAGCGAGCCGGUGGAUCUGACCAAGCACCCCUCCGGCAUCAUCCCCACGCUCCAGAAUAUUGUGUCGACGGUCAACCUGGACUGUAAGUUGGACCUGAAAGCAAUAGCUCUCCAGGCACGCAAUGCAGAGUAUAACCCCAAGCGUUUUGCUGCAGUUAUCAUGCGGAUAAGAGAACCAAAAACUACCGCAUUGAUAUUUGCUUCAGGAAAAAUGGUUUGCACUGGAGCAAAAAGUGAACAACAAUCUAAACUCGCAGCUAGAAAGUAUGCUCGUAUAAUCCAGAAGCUUGGAUUUCCUGCAAAAUUCAAGGACUUCAAGAUCCAGAAUAUUGUUGCCUCUUGUGAUGUCAAAUUCCCUAUCAGGCUUGAGGGCCUCGCAUAUUCCCAUGGCGCUUUCUCAAGUUAUGAGCCAGAGCUAUUUCCCGGUCUGAUUUACCGGAUGAGGCAGCCGAAGAUUGUCCUCCUAAUUUUUGUUUCUGGCAAGAUUGUUCUGACUGGAGCAAAGGUGAGAGAAGAGACAUACACCGCCUUCGAGAACAUAUAUCCUGUCCUGACAGAGUUCAGAAAAGUGCAGCAAUGA